AUGCCACCUCAAGAGAGCACACCCCUCCUCUCACAACCUGAGCUUAUAGAUGAGAACGAUGGAUUGAUGCCAAUAGGGAUUGCCGACACCUUUCACAACAACCAAAAGAAUGAUGCCAACGGCUGUUCUGAUAACAUCAACAUGCCUGCUCGCACUCCUCUGCCCACGAAGCAGUUGGUAGUUCUGAUGACCGUAAUCUUGUGUGAGCCAUUUCAGUUUACCAUUUUGUUUCCCUUUAUUGUGUUUAUGGUAGAAAGCUUUGGAGUUGCACCAGAUUCUGAGUCCCUUGGUUACUAUGUGGGAUUCAUCACCGCCGCAUUUGCGGGAGCACAAUGUUUAUCGGCACUGCCAUGGGGGACGUUGAGUGAUCGAAUAGGACGGCGGCCGGUGCUGCUCUUGGGACUAGCUGGAAAUGCUUGCGCGGUACUGACUUGA